AUGCACUCACCAUCUUCCUCCUCACCCUCCAACCUAUACAUCCCCCCAGACGUCAUCGAGGAAAUCCUACAAUAUCUUAAAAACGACAUCCCAUCGCUUCACACUUGCAUCUUAUUAAAUAGGCUUUGGUGUGUACUGACCGUUCCCUAUUUAUGGUGUAACCCUUUCAAUUCUGUGAACAAUAGAUUAACGGGUAGAAGGAACGAGAUCUCAAGGAACAGGUGGCUAAAUAGGAAUGGCGGAGUUUCGAUCAUAAGACAAAUUGUUUCUAAUCUUGAUGAUGAUGAGAGGAGGACGUUAGGAGAUGUGUUGGGAGUUGAUUUGACCGGGGUGAACAAGACGAGAUUUGAUUAUCCGACAUUUAUGAAGGUGCUGGACUACGAUAAGAUUCUGUGGUCGGUCACCCGAUGGAUAGAAGCCGUGGUCAGUCGUGAUGGAAAAGAGGAGCUCUCCGAGGACUGCCGUACGUCGGUGCUCGAGAAGCGAGUGGAAAUCUUGAAAAUAAUCAUCGGCACCCUGUUCGACAAGAGCAGCGGGUUUCGUGACAUAAACAUUAUUUACAACCCCAGCUUCUAUCGUAACUCCUUGUACCCUCCCUUGAUCGACUUGAAAUUCCUCGAUAGCACUGAUUCCACAUCUUUGUCCAAACUUCAAAAAUUUACCCUCGUCCAUUACUCCAACCCCAUCUCACCUCCCUCCGAUUUAUCGAACACCCAAAGGAUCAUAAAUAAUCUAAUCACCAUAUCUAAUCACACUCACAAACUUGAUCACCUCAAAUUACAAAUUCACAAUGAGACCAGAGCCGCCAACCUUCUGGAGUAUGGUCAGGCGUUUUGCGAGGUGAUCAAGGCGCAACAGAAAUUGAGAGUCUUGGAGAUGAACGAUUUCUUCUUUGACGACGACAGCAGUGAGACGGCCAGUUCCAUAUCGGACGACGAAGAAGAUUCUAUGUUGGAAGAGAUUUCUUUGCCGGAAAUGAUAAUAGAAACGUUUAGGACAAGUCAGGUGUCGAGAAGCCUGAGAUAUCUGAAGAUCAUGGAAUUAUCCUUGUCAAAUUUUGAAUUCCUGUUGGAAAUUCUGUCUAUUUGCAAGAACCUGGAGACCUUGGAACUUUGCGACAUGUUCCCGCCACAAUCAAACGCUUCCAAUGUUUCCCUGACUUAUGAUUUUUUCUAUCCCGCCUCAAGUUCGCAGCCACCCGUUCCUCAAAUCUCCCUGAAGAAUCUUGUUAUCCUUUCCAACACUCCCUCAAAUUCACGUUUCACUUUUUCGGCCAUAAUGACGCUUCUGCAACUGGCCAAUCACUCCCUGAUCUCAUUCACGCUUCUCCAAGAUAUCUCUUGCUCAAAUUCCGCCGAGAUUUAUCACGCGCUCUCCGCGCUCUGCCCCAAUCUAACCCAUCGUCCGAACCCACCCGAUGAUGACGGCACUCUCCAGCCGCACAAUUACCAUUUCAACGGAAAUUCGUAUUUGUGCCAAUAUUUUUCAUCUCCGCCUUACACGAACAUCCACAAUCUCUCCCAAUCCUUACCAAAGUCCUUGAAACAAUUUACCUUUGAUUUUUUCAUGAACACGAAAAAUUUCAAGUUGUUCUUUGAACAAUGCGGAAGCGAUCGGUUAAGUGUGGUCGGGAUGUUGAAUAAGAACAUGACUUGUGACGAAUAUCUGGAAAUAUUGAGCGGCUAUUCCGAAGUGAGAGAGUGCAGAUUGGAAUUAAGAUGCCGAAGAGGUGUGAUUCCAUCGGACGAAUCAAAUAACCAUUUCCAUCUCUCCCACCGCAAAAGCGGUAGCAACAGUUGUGUGGUGGGCAAAGAUCGAGAAAACAAAUUUUCAAAGGUCGGAAUGGAGAAAGUGAGAAAGAAUGUACGAAUC